AUGGGCCCCUGUACCGCCUCCUCAUGCUGCUGCCAGGCCCGUAAUCUGCCAUGGGCCCCCGUACCGACUCCUCAUGCUGCUGCCAGGCCCCUGUAAUCUGUCAUGGGCCCCUGUACCGCCUCCUCAUGCUGCUGCCAGGUCCAGAGUGUGUCAUGGGUCCCUGUACGGCCUCCCAUUGCUGCUGUCUCCAUCGCCACACUCUGCCAUGUGCCACUUUCAGGUCUCCUCACACUGCUGGUGGGUUCCAUUUUGUCAUAGGGUGCUGGCAGAUUACGGGCCUCCCAUUGCUGCUGCCAGGCCCGUAAUCUGCCAUGGGCCCCCGUACCGACUCCUCAUGCUGCUGCCAGGCCCGUAAUCUGUCAUGGGACCCUGUACCGCCUCCUCAUGCUGCUGCCAG